AUGGCAUCGUCCUCUGCGCCUCUCGGACUCGAGUUGCUCGUUCCCGCCGGCGUCGCACAGCUCGGCAUCCGCAUCCCGGCGCUGGCGACGCGCACGAAGGGCCAGCCGUGUGUCUGCGACCCUACGGCCUUUCCCGACUGCCCGGGCCAUGGGAAGAACGGGCUCUUUGGCCGGCGCACAGCGUCAAAGCCCCGGGACGACGCUGCGGCCGAGCGGCUCCUCCGCUACGCGAGGCCCAAUGACAGCAACGCGGAGAUCGCGAAGCGGCUCACGACCAAGAAGCUGUACAUGCUCGACGUCUCCUACCACUGGCAGGGCCACCCUCAAGAGGAGCUGGUGCGGCCAAAGGCCGGGCAUCUGGGUUGCAUCACCGAGCCGUCACUACUCCAGUGCCACCGCACGGCGCAGAAGCCGCCGCCUGCGCCCUCCGGCGCCGCGCUCAGCACCUCCAGUGCCGAGGUGCCACGCCGCAGCCUCGACCUCCCCCCUCCCACUGCUCCUCCGCCUCCCUCGCCGUCCACCGCUGAGCAUACCUUCAGCCAGCUCGUGGCUCUACGCAAAGCGCUGCACUCUCAGGCGCCAGGCCAACCGGCGGCCGCCUCCGGGCCGGAAGGCUGGACCGUCAAGUGGGUUCCGCGGCAUGUGCAGUGCCCCGACGCACCACGUGGAGACAUCUACUUUUUGCCACCCGGUGGCGGCGACACGAUUGACUCGAUGAAAGGCCUCAAGGCUCACCUCAUCGCCGCUGGCCAAGCCGCACCUCCGCCGCCGCCGCCGCCGCCGCCAGCCGCGACCCCGUCAGUCCCUAGCACGCCCAAAGAGAUCCUCCCCGCUACGUGGGCGUUUGUCGCGGCGUGCCCGAGCGUCGAAGGACGCGGGCUCUUCGCCCGCGCGCCACUCGUGGCUGGUCAGGCGGUUUGCGAGUACGGCGGGCCGCGACUCCCCACGACGAUGCAGCGCGCAGGCGACCGCGGCUCCAUGUACGCGCUCGCUCUGCCGCGGACGCGCAUCAUUGUCGAUGGUAAUGGAGACAGCCUGCCAGGCGCGUACUCGCUACCUCGCUUCGCCGCUAUCUUUGCCAACCAUUCGUCGCGACCCAACGCGGCGCUCGAGUUCUGGCCGGACCUGCUCGUGAAAAGGUCGGGCAGCAUCGGGCAGUACUCGUUCGAGACGAGCGGCGCGAUGUGGAUCGUUGCGACAGAGGCCAUCGCAGCGGGCGAGGAGAUCCGUAUCAAUUACGAGGGCGGCGAGGGGCGCGGCGCAUACUGGACGGGCGGCGCGCCAGAGGAGGUAAACUGGCGCGACUUGCGCGCCCCGCUGCCGGCGGGCUUCCCGACCCUCCCAGAGGCGACGCCCGCCAUCGGAGUGCUCGACGCUAUCAGGGCGGCGAACUCGCGGGGCAAGCGCCCGUCGCUGCCGGCCGCCCUUGUGCGAUCCCUCGCGCACAUCUACCCGGCGCCGGCCUUGCCAUUGCCGGAGGAGGAGGCGGAGGCGAGGAUUCGCCUGCUGGCGCCACUGCUCGCGCGCUCCGACAACCGCAAGACGUGGGGCCUGCUCGCCACCCACCUGCCCGGCUGGAGCGGGCGGCGGUGCUUCGAGCGGUGGGUGGGGGCUAUGGGCAGGCAGCCGCCUCUGCAGGACCAGCAGGAGGAGGAGCAACGGCGCGCCCGCCGCUCGCAGCACUCGGCGAUUCUGGCGACGAUGCGGUAG